AUGCACCCUCUAAAUCCCUUUCUCCGUGCCUUCUUCCGAAGCACCGUUCCGGGGCAGUGUAUACCCACCGAGAAUCAUGUCCUCCUAGUACCUGUCACAGAAUCCCUGGUCGGUUCGCGCGACCGCGAGUCAUCCCUCUACUACUCCGAUCUCGUCGUCUCUGAAGAGUUCUUGGGCAGCCAUACCUUGCGAAUACCAGUGUCUACCGGAGCCGGUGGGGGAAAGGAUGACUCGAAUAUACGGGACAGUCGGGGCAAAGCCAAACAAGUAACAACUGUCAACGGGCGGACGGUGAUAAUCAAGGAGAAUUCGGUGUAUAGCAAUAAAGGCUUCAAGUCCCUGAGUCAGGCCCAGCUCUUAUCCGAUGCUUUGUAUUACAGCAACAAUAACGACUCGCAACCAUGGCUGAUCUACUAUAUCUCUCGACCGUUGAUCGGCUCGUUCGACCCUGGGAAAAUCGUGACCGCUGUCGUGCCUGGGAUGCUACCAAAGAGGAAUGUUCUAGGCAACGGCACCAAGUCUGGGGAGCCCGUUUCGUCGCCACCAAAGAAAGAAAUCAAGACAUUUGGGGAACUCCUCGCCCACUUCCCAAUGAUCGCACGGCAGAUGCAACCUGGUCUGGAGAGACUGUUCAAAGAGUUUGGGAAGGAGCUGGGGAAGCCGCUGCCUCCUCCCCCUUCCCGUUCUCCUCUCAUGUUCGACGACUACGAGCGGAAACAAAACGGCGAGGAGAUCACCGCUGAUGAAUCCGCUUCUAUUCGCAGCUCGUCAUCCCGCAACAAAGACGGGCUUCCCUUCAACUCCGAGGAGUACUUUGAGGAUGACGAAGACUUGAUGCGUCGUAGUCUGGAGACAGCUGUGACUGCCGCGAUCGACUUGUUCCGGCUAGUGGAUAAGCAGCAGUUGUCUUUUCUUGGUGCCACCACUGAUCUGACGGGGCCACUGGUUGAAAGACUCAUUGAGCGCUACGUCGCUGAACAGGUGCAUGAAUCACUUCUUUUCCCCCGUCUCUGCAGCUUCCGCCAGCCAGAAGAUGCAGAGCUGGAUUCUAGGAUCCGCUACAUGGAAAACAUCGACAUAUCGCAGGUUGGGAUCGUGGUUGAGGGCGGGCGAGAGGGUAAGCGGGAAUUGCUGCAGCGCAUUGGGAGAGCAGUGGAAGAAUUCCGCAAAACGCUGGACGCCAAAUGCCCUCACGACAUGCUAAACACGUUGCUUGAGACGGUCAAGCUGCUGUCGUAUCCGGGAAACUACGAUGGGGUGAACUCGCAUGUGUCGGAAAAGCCGUACGCGCCUAUGACGAUCAAUGCGGACGUCCUGGUUUCAUUGCUGUUGGUCGUGGUGAUCAGGUCUCAAGUGAAGAAUUUGCAAGCGAGGCUGAUGUACAUGCAACACUUCAUAUAUAUUGAUGAUGUCGACAGCGGUGAAAUGGGAUAUGCAUUGAGCACGCUCGAAGCAGUUCUUACUUACCUAGUGACGGAUUCCGCGGGCCUUCGACGAGCCAGUAUCCGGAAUAGGCGCUUGUGGAAUGCGACGAAAGGCGGACGUGUCACGGACAUGAGAGCCAUAUUGGAACCGAAUGGUGAUCAGGAGUCGUUCGAUGAUAUUCCAGGCGAGGCUGAAGAAAGGACUGUUGCAUUUCGAACCCAUGACGAUGACGUUCUAUGCCAAACUCCACACGAGCCCAUGCUUAUACCGGAUGCACUGCCCGAGACAAUAGCUUUCAGCGACACGGCACAUGCUGAGGCACCCUCCGAACCGCCUCCUCUCUCUCAUGUAUUCCCUUUCCAGACAUGGGCGAGCGCCUCCCCUCCGAGAGAGAUCCGACGUCCCAUAAAGAAGGUAUCUAUGGACGUCCGCAGUCUGUCCGAAUCGUCUGCCAUAUCAUUAGCUUCCCGAACGACAGGCAUGGGUUCCAUAUCGAGUGCGAUCGAAGGUGAUAGCUCAAUCGAGACGUUGACCAAGACGCAGGAUCCCGCAGGUGAUUCAAUUCCAAUGAUGGCCGUUGAAAGCCGCCAGCCAGAGGCCUUGAAGUAUCUGCUGAGCCUACACGACUACUAUCCGCUGGCGGAUAUUCUCGAGGACACAAACACCAGUGGGACGACAUUACUGAGUGCGGCGGUUCAGCUCGCUCAUGUCGAGAUGGUGGACAUACUGUUGAGUUUUCUCUUCAGUUCAACCGACAAGCACACUAUUGCCUCGUACUUGCAAAAGUCAGAUAUGCACGGACGUACGGCUGCACACUAUUUGUUCAGUACACCGUCGGUCAUGCGCAGGCUCGAAGGGCUUCUGCCGUGGUGUCAACGAGACAAGCAUGGGCAAACGCCACUUUUUGCUCUGUGUAGAUCCUAUGAUCAUCCGGAUUAUAAAGCAAUGGUAACCGCAGCACUCACGGCCGCGCAGAUCGCCCAAGGCGAUGGCAAACCCUUGCGGCUCGAUAACCAUGUCGACUCCAAGGGCAACACGCUGUUGCAUAUCGUCAGUGACCCGGAAAUCACAAUCCGAAUUCUGCAGGAAUGCGACUGUGAUCCAAAUGCCACCAACGACAAGAGAUUCACGCCUCUCAUGAUGGCCAGCAAGUACGGCCGCAUCGACCAAGUUCGGAUUCUCUUCUUGGACCCUAGAGUCGAUGUUCACCUGAAGGAAUCUCGCGGGCUGACUGCUGUCGAACUUGCAAAAGAUGACGAGGUGCGAAACCGUAUUGACGAUCUCAUCCUUCUCUCCAACCCCCCGUCAGCCUACGACGAACAGUCUGGCCGUGUCACUACCGUGGUGCGCUCGUACUUCGUUGAAGAUGCGACAGUGCGAUUUGUUCUCAAGUCCGGUGCUCCGAACCCAGCAGUGAACUCAGCGGACUCCCGUCCUGCCUCGGGGACAACGUUCACUGUCACCACAUGCCGUCGCACUUUCGCUGACUUUGAGAACCUUGCCACAUGUCUGUCCAUUGAACAUCCGGCUUCUUACAUGCCGUCUUUGUCCGACUUCCGCAGCCCAUUUCAGAUCCAUUCUAAACCGUCCCGCUCCGUACUCCACAACAUGCAAGAAAAGCUUGACAGGUUUCUCAAAGUCCUGCUUUCGCACCCGACGUUUGCCACCCACGAAAUGCUCUGGGAGUUUUUCCUCGUCCCGGAAUUGCAGCCCGAAAUGAUGGCAGACCGCUCUCAUCGCAAAGCCCAGGUCCUCACGGAGUCCAUAAACGACGACUAUGAGCCUGUCACGCCGGAAGGUAUGCGCGAGACGGAGCAGUUCGUCUCCCACGCCCAAGACAUGGUCCGCGCUGUCCACGUCAACACGCGCAGCCUCCUCCGUCGCGGUCACGCUCUUCAAAACGCCGCCUCCGACAUCGCGGACGCUGUAGCGCUCUGUGCCUCCAUCGUCUCAACCCUCAAGGAACCCACCAACGCCCUUCCAGCCUCGCACGUGGAGGCGUUCACUCGCUACGCAACCCACCUCUCCACUUCAUCUUCAGAUUCCUCCCCUCUCCUUCAAUUCCUCACGGCACUAACGUCAAUCGACAACACCACAACGGCAAUCUUAGCCUCCCUCUCCCGCCCAGUCUCGCUCAUCUCCAGCCUCUCCUCGACGAACAGAAGCCUCUCCCGCAACCGCUCCUCCCUCGUGUCCUCCUCCCUACCCCGCAAAUUCAACCUCAAUUUCCCGGGUCUGGAAGAAUCCCGCCAAAAGUCCGUCCGCGAUCUCGAAACCAAGAUCCAAGAGUCCGAAACUCAGAUCGCCCGUCUCUCCCGCGAAAUCACCUGGAACAAGGACGUCGUGGUCGGCGAGCUCGCAGGCUGGACCACCUGGCGCGAGAAAGUCGGCCGGGACGCCAUCCGCUCCUUUGUUCGGGCCACCUUAGUCCGGGAACGCGAACGGGGCAAGCGACUCGAGCGAUGUUUAAGAGGUGUGCGUGAGAUGAGCUGA